ACCACGCAGGGUUUAGCUCUUGCUCCCGAAGCUGUAGUGUACUUGUUUAUUAUAGGUAACGGAUUGAGCACAAAAAAAACGCAUACUAGAUCACUAACUUUACCGUUUUCUGUUUACAAAGACAGGAAUAUAGGCUUCCAAAUCCCAUAUUAGCAAUCUGUAGAAAUCAACAAAGCACCCAUGCUUGGUUUAAAAACAAAAAGAAUAAGCUCGACAUAAACCUAGCAAGCUCUGCAGCUGUAAAAGUUUAUUAGUGAGAUUCAUGGACGCCUCCAUGGACACGUGGUUCAUCUGGCUUUCUGUCGUUUUCACGAUCCUGGCUGGUUUUCUCACAGCUGUUUUAUUGGGAAGAAAUCAGUCUGUUUCAGGAAAGACGGAUGCAAACCCAGCAGAGGCGUUUCCACCCUGCGGAGAGCAAGAGGAGAGCAGCUCCAAGGAAGGACUCGCAGGACUCCGUGAACCCCAGGCUGAAUCUGAAUGUACAGCACAGACGACCGAAGAUCUGCCAGACGAGCCCUGUGCGUCGACCCGGCAUGAGAUUGUCGGGAAAGGUUGUGAGCGAGCCAGGUCAGAGAAUGACGAGUCUUCAGGCUCUCCCUCAGUAAACAGGAUGGGUGAUGAGGAUCAGACCCUAAGGUACAUGCCGGGUAUGUUGCGGACGAGCCAGCUUGAGAAGAUGAUGAGUAAAGAAGAGCUGGAGGAAGAACAGAGAGUUCAGCGGGAGCAGCUCGCUGCAAUCUUCAAGCUGCUUCGAGAAAACCAGGACACAUUCGGGGAGGUGACGGAGAAAGACAUGGAGGAACAGCUUAAGCUUUACUCUGUCUAAAAGAACUGCACCAAGCACUGGUCUGCCAUCACCGAAAUGGAAAGUUGACACUAUUACUCACGGUUGCUGCUGUUCAGAAGUGGGGUUGAGGGGUGGAGUUUCCCGCAUGAACGGCAUGAAAAUAAUUCUGUCUGUAACGAUGUGAGGAAAAACUGGGUAAUUAAUGAAGCUCAAUGUGUCUUAGACUUACACUGGACACAUAUUAACAACCUUGUUAAUUAGGUAUAGAUGUAGUAAUUAUCUAUGUAUAUAUCUUCGUGUAUAUAUAUAUAUAUAUAUAUAUAUAU